CUUAUCUUGGACUGUUCUCAAUGGUCACUCAACCGAAAUAGCUCGAUUUUAUUUUAUUUAUUCAUCUUUGAUGGCCCAAAAGACCAUUCCUGAAUCUGACGAAUUCGAGGACAUCGACGAAUUUGCCCACUGGACGCAAGCAGACUUCGACUUCCUCGACGCUCAACUCGCCUCCCCAAAAGUCCAAGGACUACCUCAAGUCCCUGUGGAACUUGAUUUUGGUUUGUUCGGACUUGAUUCGACCAUGUUGAAACCAUCGUCAUCUCGAUUAUUGCCUCCUCACCUGUCCUCGCGGACAGGAUCUGCCUUGAGCCCGAAUAGUCCACUUCAACGGUUUCGCAGAACGAGACAUCUUAGUGUAACCGACUUGGUAUCGCCAGCAUGGUGCGAGUAUCAGUUCGAUUAUGGGCUCAGACAAGGACGACACAAAAAAUUGUCUGAAAGACCGGACUCCUUUGUGACCAAGGCAGGAGAGGAGAUUCAAGUUGACAAAACUAUUGCAGUCAAGAACGAAGUACAACUAGACAGAGGAAAGGCAGUUCACAAGAAGCUCGAGAGAGAGAUACGACCAGAGGAUGUGAUAGUGCCAGUUGAUACUAAAGAGGAUGGUUGGGGAUUAAGGCUCCUGAACAUGAUCACUGGUUUCCAAACCUUACUCCAGAUGGGCUGUGCGCGUGAAUUCCCGGUAUUUGGUAUUGUCGAGGGGCAUGUAGUCAUAGGUGUUAUCGAUGAAAUAAUAACGACAAAAGCUGGCCGUGAUAUGCCAUCAAGCUCCAGUAAAAGACCUUCGUCCAAUUCAAAUACACCCCGAAAACCCAAACGAUCUCGCACCUCGCCUGGAAUCCUUACCCGCGAGGCCUCGCACAAUAGCACAAAAUUGAAGUCUGUAGUUUCCCUCGCCUCAGUCUCUCUCGACAGGGUUAGACAAACCAGUUCACCGGAGGAACAUUAUAUCCUGCACCUGAACGAUACCAAAACAAGGCGUUCAAAUACUUUGCCCUCAGAUGACGACACAUUGUCGUCUAGACUCCAAUUGAUGAUGUAUCAUCGUUUGCUUUCUAACCUACUGGCAAAGUUUGAUUUUUCAACACUGUGGAAUAAGUUGGAAGUGAACCCUUCACAGAAAUUCUCUCAGACCUUUCUUUCCGAAGCCGGGCUAGGGGAACUUGCAUCUUACGAAAUAGGAUGUCUUGACGAUCUUACCGCUCUGUGGCAUGCAAAAUUGCUCGACCUUAGGAUUGCACACGUCGACGCCCGCUUGACUCUCGUCUAUCGAUCUCAACAGUCACUACGCAAUGAGCAAAGGGAAGGGGAAGGAAAGGCCGGAGACAAGACUCCCGAACUUGAAUUCAUCUCACCUCAGGAACAAAUGGACAUUGCUAGAGCGAUCGAGGCCAGUCUCCAAGAUUUAGUUGCGACAGGUGAACCCUUUGCAGCCUUAGACAAAACUGGUCUUCCGGAAUCAGUUCCUUUGGAUGACCCAGAUGACGGUUUCCAAUGGACUCAGCACCAGUCGCAUUUACGACGUCUGAAUAGAAUUACUUCCAGGACUGAAGGCGAAAUCUCAAGAGACCAGCGUCACAAGGACCAAGCGUCAGGAGUUCAUGCGAUAGGAAAAUCGUCUGACACCAAGGACGAAACCGAUGCCAACAUAAUUGGCACCAAAGAUUUCCUGUACAGCGCCUCUUUCCUGGACAAUCACAUCCGUGAUGUUAUGAGGUGGUGGGAAGGUUAUCGCGAGCCCAGAGGGGUUUCAUUAGAACAGGCGUGGCGUUGCUCGUGAGUACCAAAAAGUUCUUGAAUUGGCCCAUUUCAUUCGUGGUUCAUCUCACUAGAACAUGUGAAUACCGGCA